CGAGAACGACAGUCGGGUGGCAACGGUUUCGAAUUUCGCGCUCGCUGAUUUAGGCGGCACAGGGCCACCGUACAGCGGUGAAGGGGCAGCUGGAAGCCGUUGGCAGGUGCGGCGCGUGUUUCCGGACAACGAUGAGCAGCGCGAGGCAGGCGGAGCGAGGAGACGGUGGCGGUGACUCGGGUAGAACACUAAUAGCAGUUGGACUUGGUGUUUCUGCGGCAGCAUUUGCAGGUCGCCAUGCAUUUCGAUUGUGGAAACCUCUUCAACAAAUAAUUGUAGAAAUGGCAAGGACAAUCCCUAGUCCUGGCUUUCCAACAUAUUACAAAGGAGGAUUUGAAGCAAAAAUGAAUAAGCGUGAGGCUAACCUCAUACUAGGUAUUAGUUCAUCAGCUACUCGAACAAAAAUUGGAGAAGCCCACAAAAGAAUUAUGCUCUUGAAUCAUCCUGACAGAGGAGGAUCACCAUACCUGGCUGCAAAGAUCAAUGAAGCAAAAGAUCUACUGGAUUCUUCCAUCAAGAAAUGAUUCCUCAUGAUUGUUAUUUGUUAUUUAUUAUAUACAAUUUAGCAGUAAAAUAUUACACUUGUUGAAUAAGAGUGUUAUCACUAAUUAAGAGUGGUUGCUGUAAUAUACUUUUGAAUGGUACAGAUAAAAUGUGUUGAUAAAAGUUGGAUUUGGAAUGAGAAAGCGAGCUUUUCUUUCACGUAAGAUACAUAAGAACUUUGCAGAAUUUUGUUUGUAAGAGUGAAAGUUAAUUUAAACACGUUAUCAAGUGAGUGUGAGGCUUGUACUCUGAUGCUAUUUACAUGAUAAAUAGAUUUAAUUGUUUGAAAACAAAA